AUGGCGAAAUUGAUGAGAGUCCCGUUGGCCAUUUGCGCAAUAAGUCUCCACUUGUUUGAAUUCAUAUACGCAGUGGAAUAUGAUUUCAUAGAUAGUAUGAGCUCUUUGUAUACCAAUGCCGUAGUUGCAUUCCAGAUGAACAUGGAUGACAUUGGGAUUGCAUCUCUGACAUGUCCACACCAAGUCAACGGUACUGAGUAUGUAUGGCAUCCCCAAUCAACCUCUGAUCAUGACGUCAGUCUCAAAACAUAUGUGAUUGAAGACGGCAAGUUUCACUCCGUCCUUUUUUCGAAGGUAGUGGUCACCGAAGUACCACGCUCAUAUGCUUGGAAAGUGUCAAACGACUCGCAAACUGAGUUGCAUAUCGAUCUAAUGGAUGAAUAUAUACAUGCCAUUACUGAAGAACGUGUGGUAUUCAUUUGUGGUCCUAGGGAUUUGGUAUUGAGUGAUGCGCUGCAAGGACAACUUGCUCGCCUCAACGGAUUUCGUCUCAUAGAAGAAAUUCCUUGGACUCCAGUCACUUCAUUGGUACAAGAAAUGUCAAAUAUAGGAAAGGGUCUGGGCGUAUUCUUUUUGAAUAGAAGAAACACAUCCCUUCCCCUUCAAGGUUGUGGAAGCCGUCCUUCAUCUCUUUUUGCUUCGGAUAAUGUUACCGUGGACUCCGAAACGGGCACACGGUCGUGUGUGGUAGAUCCGGUAUCAGAAUCGCCAAUCGGUUUUAUUUGUGAAGGGCGCACUGAACCGGAUGAUUGCAUGAGGCAUCUCUUGGACAAGAUGAACAGAGUUGUGAGUGCUCCUACACCACAUUCAUAUAAGCAUGUAUAUAAUCGUGGAAAAUGGGUUGUGGCGAGAUAUUUUAAUGGCUUAGCAUUACCCCGUUUCAACGGCGAAUGCCGGUGCAUAGAUCCUUUGACUGGUCACGUGAAAGCAAGGAUGGAGAUCCGUUGGAAAACUGAAUACGUUUGUGACAUAGCUAGCAUGAUUGCUCGUAACAGGUUGAAGCCUAUUAGUGGCCCCUGGUGUUCAGUGAUGCUACAUCCGGGUGCUACGUUCACCAUAAAGUUGCCAAAACAGACAGUCAAGUCGGCUGCUGCUGACUCGGAAUUCGAAGAAGACGGCGAUGUUGACUAUGAUCCUUCGACAGUCCCAUUAUCGCAACUUCCAUCUACCCAUGAAUACGAAACUGAAUUCAAGCCGGACAUGUCGUUGGUAGUACGCCAAAGACAAACAAUUUAUGACAUCGAUCAUUACGACGAAAUCUUGAUCCACGAAGCAUUCACUGGCGGCGCGAUCGAGGUAGAUGUAUCCCAAGUGGAGGGAGGAGAGGUGACGCUGAAGUACCGUAUGGACAGACCUCUGGCGUUACGAAAAGGAUACAACUCGUUUUUAUAUCAUUGGACAGUCAUAUCUAGGAACGAAUACGUUCUCGAAAAAAUACGCGCUGUAGUGAACGUCUCAUUCGCGCCUACAUAUCGCUACAAUAUUAUUGGUUGUGACAGAUGGAGGUCAGGUAUGUUUGAUCCGGCAAAUGAUAUUGGCUCUCUUACAAUUAGAUACAUGCGGAAUGGUAUGCCUUUAACAUCUGAAUGGCUGUUAGAUGUCAGGAGUGGCGAGGAGCAAGCCGGCAUUCAAUGCGGGGACAAUGAGGAGCUGCUUCCAAACAAUUGCGAGUCCACAGGGUACGAUCUUUCCUCCAAUCAGAUUGCGCCAUUUCCUACAGCUGUGCGCAAUGUCACACUUUACCCCGUUCGAGGAUUUCAGGUAUUCGACAUGAGCUUCCAAAAUGUGCCCGUCAGUCACGCUUGCAGUUGUGUCGAUGAACAUGGAUACGAGACAUCUCGACUUAUUUUAAAAUCCAACCGUCGUGAGGAGUAUGAGUAUACAGUCAGACGUGAAGACGCAAAUCAAAGAUUGCUGCCUUACUUAUUACUUCCCUUGAAUGAGGUGGCAUAUUUACACGACCAUCACGCUUCUUUGCGAUCAAUUGUGCUACACAACACACCCCAGAGACCUAUAAAACUACAUUGGGGCACAGAAUUCUCGAUGCGGUGUGUUCUGGAUGAUGCGUUGUACAACGGUGAUGAUAACGCCAUCACACUACCUAACUGGUUACCAUAUUAUGUUCAAUUCAACCAUUACACUGUAGAGACGACCGCAGAAGGAACUAUGCUAGUUCCAAAGCGAAAGGAAGAUAGAAUAGCUGGCACAAAAGGUGGAAUAGAGAUCAUUAUGUUAGAAGAUAACAAUCAAUAUAGUUAUUUUACAAUAAAAUCCAAUAGCGGCGCAAUUUUGGUAUCCAGGGAUCCAGAUAACUCGGAGUACGUGCCAAUGAUAUUCGUUUGCGGUAAGGAGCUAUCAGAAUCAGAUUUUGAUCAAAUCGACGAUGUCGAGUAUGCAGCUGACAUUCCCCUGACUUUAACGCCGUUGGAGGAAUACACGUGGAACGUAGUUCAAAUUGACGUAGAGAUGACGGACCCAUACAUGCAAGGGUGCGGAAUUACUGAGUCAAGAGAUACGUUAUUCAAGCCCGAGACACCUAAACUCUACGAUGCUGACAGACAACAAAUCGGCUGCAAGAUUGACAUUCAGACCGCUAAAGAAGCAGCAUUCUACUGCCCGGCGCCGUACGUACUCGACCCACCCAACUGCUUCGACCAAGUGUUAGUGGAGGGUGAAGUGAAGAACUUGAGUGACAUCAGCCAGUCUUUGGUAGCAUCACAUUCCAAUCACUUCGUAACCGUGCGUCUAUAUAGUUCAGUUGUAGGGCCAUACGAGAUCCUGCGCCAAACCCCGCCGUUGGAGUGCCGAUGUGUCACCAUCAAGGGCAUAGUCCUAUCCACCAUCCAGAUCGAAAACUAUUACGCCAAAGUAUGA